AGUAAAGCCUGGCUGAGUGCGGUGUUCGUUUCGUUAUUAGAAGGAGUAUUGUUUAGUGAUUAAACAACGAUAUUUGUCAUAGGAAUAUCAAGGGCUAAAUAAUGAAGAUGAGUAUCAAACACGAGAUUGAAGAUGAGGAAAUGUUUCUGGAUAUGGAGAUGGAAAAAUUUUCAGAUCUCAGUUAUAUUGAAGGUUUCUUUUGGCCAAGUAAAAGUAAACCAGUUAAUGAAAAUAAACCAACCUCUUUGCCUUCUAUUAAAACAAUACUUCCGGCACAUUCACAGGGAAAUAAAGAUGAAUCAGUUGGGCAUCUUUCAUGUCGUGAUUAUUUGGAGAAUUUGGAUUAUGAAGACAGCAAUUCAGAAACCUUUGAGAAUCAGAUUGUCUUAACACAAAAUGAGGCAAUUCAAAUGGAGCAACUGGAAUUCUAUGAAGAAGAAUUGGAAAUUGAAGAUAAUCCAGAAUAUGUUUCAAACAAAGGUGAAGAAUUACUAGAAUGCCGGUGGGAAGAUUGCUGGAGUCUUUUUCAUAGUCAGAAAGCUCUUGUUGCUCACAUUGAAGGAACUCAUGUUGAACCACAGCGUGGAGGUGAUGAUUUUCCCUGCUUAUGGGCAUCUUGCCCAAGAGCUUCCAGACCAUUUAACGCACGGUACAAGCUACUUAUUCACAUGAGAGUGCAUUCUGGAGAGAAACCGAACAAAUGUCAGUUUGCUGGCUGUAUGAAAGCAUUUUCUCGUCUAGAAAAUCUAAAAAUUCAUCAAAGAUCACACACUGGAGAGAGGCCUUAUUUAUGCCAAUUUCCAUCAUGCCACAAAGCUUUCAGUAACAGUUCAGACCGUGCUAAACACCAGAGGACACAUUAUGAUACAAAACCAUAUGCUUGCCAGAUAGAUGGGUGCCGCAAACGUUAUACUGAUCCUAGUUCAUUAAGAAAACAUAUAAAAAAUCACAGUGGGGUGUUAAUGUCGCUCAAGCCGAAAAAAUUGAUUGCAAGUGAGCCAAUAGUUUCAGCAGCAGAACUCCAGUCAAGAUGCUCUAGAGGAAAUUCUGAAUCGAGCGAUACUCUUAACAAUGAAUCUUCAAUUUUAUUUCUUGAGGGUGAAGAACAAAGAUUUUUUGAUGGAGAUGACUCGCUUACAGAUCAGCUUGAUUCUGAUGUAGAAAGGGAAUUCUUAGAUGUAAAUGAUCUUGAUUCUUCAUCAUUUUUAACGAUCAAAGAAGAGGAUAUAAUUCGCACAUUUUCAUAGUGAAAAAAUGAAAAUAUGAAUAAAUAUUUCCUAUUAUUAAAACAAAAGGGAAAGGCAAAUAAUCUAACAAUUUUAUGAGAUUAAAAUUUUUCUUUUAUAAAACUUAAGGAAAUAAAACUAAUUUAAGUAUAAAAUAUGUAAAUAUUCGUUUUUAUUAAAUUAUUUUAAUAAAGCAAAUAAGAUUACGAUUACUUAGCAGGAAUUGUAAUGCCAUAUUUAAAAUUUAAUAGAACAGAAUUAUUUGAAGAAAUAAUCAAACAACACAAAAUGUUAUGUUACAUAGAUGGGCAUGAUCAUGAUCAAUUAUUACAGUUACAGCAAUUUUUAUUACGUGAUGAAAAGUACAGAAUUUUUGUUUAUGUGAUUACGAUCAUAAUCAGGUUUCUGAUUACGAUUGUAAUCAGGUGAUUGUCACAUUUCCACUAUAUUGAUAGCGCUAUUGUACCAAGUAUAAAAUUGGAACGGUUAUUAAGUUUUAUUUUCAGUUGUUAUCAUUGAUUCCGAUUAAGCCCAUCUAUAAUAUUCAAAUUAUAAAGAAAAUAAUAUAAGAACAGGAAUAGUUAACUAAAAGAUAUAAAAUGUGUAAUACAUAAUAAAACUUGAAGUUUGUAUAUAGAUGUGUUGAAAACAUCAAUGUUUAAAUUAAUACAUAAAAUUAUAUGUAUAUAUUCAUCCAUAUAUGUAUAAUGUAUAGGUUCAGUUUAUACAAACAAAUAUUUCUAUUAAUGUUGCAUAAAUAUUAAAAAUUACUGUGGAGUGUGAUAGAUUGAUCUUUUGUAUAUUCUUUUGGUAAAAUUAAUUUUAUAAAAAAACUGUGAUAAUUAAAUAAUGAUCUCAAGGAAUGAUUGAAAGACAUAUUGUAAAUAAAUUAGAACUAAGAUAAAUAGAUAUAUUUAUGUACAAUCACAGAUGUAGUUUUAAAGUAGUAAUAAAUAAAAAGUCUAUACAGCAUUUUCUAUUAUACUAUGAUACAUAGAACAUAAUUCUUCAUGACAAGCUUCAAUGAUUUCAUCAUUAUCUCUUCUCUUUUGUCUAUAUUCAAGCCUUUUUUCCUGAAUAUCAUUAACUGCAUCACGAAGAGUAUUAACAUCCCCUGGAAGAGCACAAAUCUUGCCGUCAUUACUAUUUGUUACAAUAGAUUCUGCCUUAGGAAUAUAUUGGCAUAAUCUCUCUAUUUCACCCUCAAUCCCUUCAACUGCUUCUUUUAAGGCAGAAAUACCUUUUUGCAUUGAGGAGUUCAUCCU